AUGUUAAACAACGACCGUUUCUUUCUUCCUUCCUUCCUUCCUUUCUAUCUUUCUUUAUUUCCAUUGUUGCUUUCUUCUUUGUUCUCUCUUUCUUUCUUUAUUUAUUUAUUUUCAUUGUUGCUUUCUUCUUUGUUCUCUCUUUCUUUCUUUCUUCCUUUCUUUCUUUCUUUCCGUUUAUGUUUCUUUCUUUCUUUCCGUCUUCGUUUCCUUCUUUUUUCUAUAUUUCUUUCUUUCUCCCUACCACCCGCGUAUCUCUCCUUCUUUUACGUCUAUCUAUCUACCUAUCGUUUACUUGAUAGCCUCUAUCUUUUUCUUCAUAGUAUCUAUCUAUCUAUCUAUCUAUCUAUCAAACAAUCUAUCAUUUUCUUCACAGCAUUUAUCUACCUAUCGAUCUAUCUGUCUAUUGAUCUAUCAUUUUCUUCAUUAACAUUCUUAGUGGCUUUGAUUGAAGUUGGCUGCCAACGCCAUCUAUUGGCUGCCAACGCCAUCUAUUGGCUGCCAACGCCAUCUAUUGGCUGCCAACGCCAUCUAUUGGCUGCCAACGCCAUCUAUUGGCUGCCAACGCCAUCUAUUGGCUGCCAACGCCAUCUAUUGGCUGCCAACGCCAUCUAUUGGCUGCCAACGCCAUCUAUUGGCUGCCAACGCCAUCUAUUGGCUUUCGCCCGAAUUGCUGCCAACGCCAUCUAUUGGCUUUCGCCAUCUAUUUGCUGCCAACGCCAUCUAUUGGCUUUCGCCCGAAUUGCUGCCAACGCCAUCUAUUGGCUUUCGCCCGAAUUGCUGCCAACGCCAUCUAUUGGCUUUCGCCCGAAUUGCUGCCAACGCCAUCUAUUGGCUUUAACAGAAACAACAAAAAGAAACGUUUUUUCCUUCUUUCCUCCCAUUCAGUUUUAA